AUGUCGACAUCCACGGCUCAAAGUCCGACGAGGAUUGCCAGGAGAUGGCCGCAAGAGAAAAAAAGACAAAAGGCCGAAGCAAAUUCAGGAAACCACUCCGCCCAUCCCGGACGGCACCGGCAGUCCCGUAAGCCCCAUUUAUUUUCCCGACUGGCCCCUCCCAAGUCCGUCCACGAUCCCAAGUUGCAUGAAUUCUCCCGGCCGAACUACCCGAAUCGUCCCGUAGAAACCAGAUUGAAGAAAAAAAGACCGCGGCCUUCUUGUUUCCCCCCUCCCCCUGGACACCACCUGCCGUCUUGUCAUUUGCAUCCUACAUCCCGCAAUGACCUCACUGCUUUUACGGGCCUCGACCCCGCCAGACCGUUUUGCGGCGCACCGCGGUCCGUAUUCCAAUACGCGCGAGCCGUGUCGCAAGUAUGUCCAGGCACACGAUUUUUGUCCCCACGGAAGAGUUUCUGGCGUUUCAAUCAUAUUCAGGGCAGGCGGCAGACGGCCUCGGCAUCGACAGCAGGACAAUACAGCACAGCACGCAUCCGCAUCAGCACCAAGCAGUACCGCCUCACCAUCACGAGACGCAGCUUAGAAGAACUCUCAAACUGCAUGGCAAAUCUUCUACAUACUCCCGCGGAAAGCGUAGUCACCUCGCUGCACGAUACGAUUCAGCAACCCUUGAAGAUCAUCGCCAGUGACGUGGUGGGGGUUGGCUACCCCAGCAAAGGUGAACGUCACCCACGUCAGGGUCAGUCAGGCACGGAAGUCUUCUGCAAGCAGUUUGAGUCCAGCGGCCAGGCGACCAGCCACAUGGCAAACUCCCAGAAAGAGCCUUUUCCCUCCCCCUCUACAUAA